CUGCAGUGCCAAGCCCAAUUUCAUGCAUUCUGAGGUAGCCCACUGAUUUACUCUAUGCGGCAGGCUGAAAGACCUCCCAUCUCACCCUAAAUGCCAAGCAGAUGUUGCCUUGGCUGCCUCCCUUUAUGGAAUUGGAAUGCGCCUAACGGGCGCCAUUCCCGGUUUAAAGUGCCAAAUCUUGCGAGUUUCUUCUCUGACCUCACACUUAACGUGAAAGAAUGUAGGCACUCUUUCAUCGAUUCUGAGCUCGAUCGACAUGGCAACACCAAGCCGUCUCCUGAUGAGUGGAGAGCAACAUGGCCACGAACUAUUGUCAGAGUAUCAACCUUUCCUCCGGACAAAUUCUCCAGGUAAUCCUCAUACCUCAGAAUACCAUGAACAGGGAGGAGAGUCGCCCUCGAGUGACUGCGCAUCCAAAGAACAUGACGAUAAGACUGGACAAGAAACGUCGCCAUGGCGUCCAACCUGGUUCCACCGACGCGUCUUUUUGAUGUUUGCAGCUUGGUUUGCUAUCCUAGCUGCGUCGAUCGAAUUGCUGUUAGCAUUCUCACAGAAACAGCACGGGCUUGCUGAACCAAAAGGAGGUUUAUUUUAUGCUUGGACGUUUGGGCCUACCGCUGUCUUUGUUUUAACUGCAGCCUUCUGGGCUAGGGUCGAGUAUCAGUCAAACAUUUCAAUGCCCUGGAUGCAAUUACAGAAAGGGCUAUCUACGGCUCGAACGACUAUCGAACUAGAUUAUAAUUCCAAGAUCUUGCCAGCACUAAUCGCCUUGUCUAUAUGUAAUCGACAUUAUAUCGUCACAAUCGCAACUGUCACUGGGCUAGCAUUGAAGGCUGUUAUCGCCCUAUCAUCUGGUCUGCUAUUUCUCCAGCCUGGGACUGUUAUAUCCUAUGAAAGUUCACUGCCGCUCAGGGAUGCCCUGGUGAAUCGAGUACCUCUUUUUGACGCUGCGACUAUUACCUCUGAGCCAUAUGACACAUUCCUUGGUAUACUCGACCUCAACCUCACUGUACCCUUCGGCUAUAGUCCAAAAGUGGCCUAUCAGACUUACAUCGGCUCCCACAUUGGGGCUAACGACUCUUCGAGCGCUGUCGUGCAGGGCAUCUGGUCUGACUUGAUGUGUGAAGAGUCGGAUGUCUCGAUUGCUGAUGGCCAGGAAGAAGCACAAAACGACACUCUAACAUUGUCACUAUCUUCAACUUUCUGCGACAACACUAUUGAGGCCAAACUCUCCAUUAUCAAGGAAUAUCCUGGCGCUAAGCGACAAGAUACCAACUAUAUCCUAGGUGGAUAUUUUGGCCCUGGUGGGGGUUCCAUCUGUAGAGGAGCCGGUGGACCAGUGUUUGCCCUUGGAUAUGCUUGGUUCAUUGAUUCUGUUGAAAAGAAUUCUGACUUUGAUCAAUCUAUGGUAAUGUUCUGUCAGCCCAUGUACUACAGCGGCCAUUUAGAAGUCAACAUUAGCGAGACCUCACAACCGACAGUAGAGGAACUGUCAUCGCCCGCACCGACUUUAUUGGAGGGAGAUAUGGGUUGGCUUGUUCGCCGAUCUUAUCAAAUUGACAAUCCAGGUAGCGCCCCAAAUUUCGCUCUUGGUGAUUGGGUCUACAAUUCCAGUGGCUUUUGGCCAACGAGAUACUACAGUAGAGCGCCCGAUGAAUACCCAACUGAAUUGAGCAAAGGAUAUCUCCUUCUCGGUCAAGCUAUCCCUACCGACUGGCGUAAUGUAACAUUUGAUUCCGCUUUCCAUGCAAUCAAAGAGUUCUAUCAAACAUUCGAUCCUCUCGUCGCCCACUUUUUCCUGCGCGAGAUGAAGCCAGGAGAGGCCACCGUUGAGGCAGUAGUCUCCGAAAUCCGAAACAGGCUUCUCGUCAAACCUGUCAUUGCACACGUGAUGGGGGGUAUUCUAGGUGUAUCAGCGGCGGUUCUUGUUUUAGGUUCAACUCGGCUCAUACCUUCCAGCGGCUUUGUUCCCAACGGACCGGGGAGCUUCAUCGGGGCAAUUCGGAAUUUAACCCACAGCACAGAGUUUUUCAGAGCCCUGGCCAAAGUUGAGGAAACUAGAAAUGGAUUGACGGGUAGAUUUUCUGCGAAUACGAGAAGUAGUGAGGGCGAUAUGAAUGGUUCAGAGGCGAGGGAGUCAUUCAGAAUUAUUUCCCGCGACGUUGGCGCCAGCAAUCCCAGCAAAGACAACUUUACAAGAGAUGAUAUCCAGGUUUUUGAUCCUCUAGUCUUACGUUUCUCAGUACAGGUGGCAAUGCUCAGUCUGUUGAUAGCUACAUUGAUUUCCUUGCAGAUCUCUUCCUGGAUCUCCAAGUCUUCAUCUGGCGUCGGCGACAUUGGCAACAAUCCUUACCUCCAUUAUACAUGGACUACUUUACCCACCCUGGUUAUGGUAGGUAUUGGUACCUACUUUGCUGCUUCUGACAAAGAAGUAAGAGUAUUGAUGCCGUUCGCAAAUCUAAGGGCAAAGACGUCUUUUCGGACCCUUGAAACUGAUUUCUCCGAUCGAACUGCGGCAGAGGCUAUGUGGCUGUCAGGUCAGACAAGGCAGUGGCCGAUUCUAGUGGCAACAACAAGUUCGAUCCUUGUGUCGUUCCUUACUAUCUUCGCAGCAACACUGUUUUCGGCGAAUCAAGUCCCUAUCGACUACCCGAUUCAACUCCAGCAAGAAGAAUGGUUUGCGUCCUUCGGGUGGCGAACUCGCGAUGAUUUUUCAAACAUCAUUUUGUCCAACAGUGAUAACUUCACAUAUCCAAAUUGGACUUAUAAGAAUUUGGUUCUACCAAAACUGAGCCCAGCAGUACUACCACCAAUUGUCUCUGACAACAUGACAGUCACAGUGGUUGUGAACGCGCUACGGCCAACGACAAAUUGCACCCGACAUCCGAUGUCUACGACGAAGUCUCAAUAUGAUGGGAAUCAGACGGCUAGUCUGCAAAUCGACUUGACAUACGGUGAAGAUGGAGAAGGUGCUUGGAGAUCUGGCUGUGGUCUCUUUUGGCGACCAUAUUGUUCAAGAGACCUUUCCUUCAUUGAAGCCAAUCUGACCCCUUGCUGGGAGGAUCCAGCUCCCCACUACUAUUACGAUGCUGGUGUCAAUUUCACAAGCUGCUCCACGUCACAGUUCGUAUGGGGCACCAUCAACAACGUCUCAAAGGAAUGGGAUUUUUUGGCUGCAUAUUCCUGUACUGACAUUGUGGAAGAAGUCGAUGUCGAGCUAAGCUUACACUGGCCAUCGUUAGAGAUUAAUGCAAAAAGACCACCAAGGCCCAUUGAGAUAUCUUCACGGCGGGCUACAAGAUUCUUCCCAACCGGUGACAUGAUACACACGGACGAUUGGUUCGAGAUUCAGCGCUAUAGGGACAGGUUUGUUGACCUCUCUGGACCACGCUACCGGUUGCCAAUUGAAAGUAUCGGAGACCCGGCUGCCGAAGAAACCGUCCUCGCAGCUCAGCGGGAACAUUGGGUCCUGAGAAAUACCCAAUUUCUAUCCAUGACUGUACGACGAUUAUUCAACGAGACCGCAUUCACACCAAAGCCUUCGUGGCGCCCAUGGAUUUACAAUACCUCGUGGUCUGGCCUCCCUUUCAAUGACCCCUUUGAGCCUCCCCAGCCACGUCCACAAAUAGCGGCCAUUGCAACGGACCACACCAGGUAUCGCGUCGUCCAGAAUGAGGUCCCAACCUACUUCCUUACCGGUCUGCUUAUAGCUGUGCUGCUACUGCACUCUGCCGCCAUCUGGCUGGUUCCUCGAGACGUUAGGCCCCAUAACUUCAGGACGAUAGUUGGAAUCGCGCGGCUCCUAAUCAACUCAAACAUUCAUGAUUUCUUGCGGGAUGACCAAAAAGAGCGCUCUCUCAAAGACAAGGGCUUCCUACUGGAUUGGGUUGAGGACGAGUUGGGGAAAGCGACUUACACGCUACAAGUGCUCGAAUAGAGGGUACCUUGGUGACAGACAGCACCAGAUUUCAAAGGGCAUACGGGUUCGGUCACGUUAGUGGCGCCAACGUCGGGAUGGCGACACUGUCAUCUUCUGGGUGGCCGAGACGG